AUGUUUCAAAAAAUAGGAAGGAAAUUAAUAGAAAGAAGAACUUUUAGUCGAAUCAUAUUAACAAAAGACAUUAAUUUUAAAAAAGAAAAAAAAAACUUUAGUUCAUUAUUUCAAAGAUAUAAUAUUAAUAAUUUAAGCUCAAAAAAUGAUAAUCAUUUUUGUAUAGUACCAUUUAAUAGUACAAACAAUUUUAUAAUUUCAAAGAAAAGUUUUGUUACAAAAAAUGAAAGGGUUCAAAAUGAAAAAAUUAUACAAGACGACAAAUUUGAAAAAUCUAAUGAUAAAGUAAUAUAUGAUAAUAAAUCGAAGCAUUUAAGUGACAAAAUAAUAUGUGAUGAUAAAAUAAUAGAAUUAAAUGAAAAUAUAAUUACCAACACAAUAAAUAAUAAUAAUAAUAAUAAUAAUAAUAAUAAUAAUAAUAAUAAUAACAAUAGCAAUAAUAAUAAUAACAAUAGCAAUAAUAAUAAUAACAAUAGCAAUAAUAAUAAUAAUAAUAAUGAAGAAAUUAUAAAUACAAGUAGUAAUAUUUUAGAUAUAGAAAAUAACAAAAUCAUACAAAUAAAUAACGGUGAAGAAAGUGAAAUACUUGACAAAAAUUUAAAUGAAGACUUAGUAGAUAAAGAAAUCGAUCAAAAGAAAAAAGAAUAUUUAGUUUUAAUGUUUACUUGUAAUAUUUGUGAAAAAAAAAGUGCAAAAAAAUUUUCAAAACAAGCAUAUUAUAAUGGUGUUGUUAUUGUUAGAUGUCCUUCAUGUGAAAAUCUUCAUUUAAUAUCGGAUCAAUUGGGUUGGUUCCAAGAUGGAAAAACAAAUAUCGAAAAAAUUUUAGAAGAAAAAGGAGAAAAAGUUGUGAAAAAAUUUUCUUAUAAUAAUUUGUUAGAAGUUGAUGACCUUUUAAACGCAUACAAAUGA